AUGUCCAAAAGAAAAAUAACAGAUUUUUUUUCACAAAAUAAAAUAACUAAAACUUCAGAGCCCCAAGAUUCUCAUCAUGACACGAUUGACACAGAUUUAGAUGAAUUACCUACGCCUACCUAUACAAAAAAAGGUAAAGAAAAAAGAUUUUACAAUAAAAAAUGGGAAAAUGAUUUUCCAUGGCUUUUUUUUGAUGUUCAACGUAAUGGUGCUUUUUGCAAAUUAUGUGAAAAACAUGCUGUAAAUGAUUCCGUACUAUUGACAAGCACAGGGGGAGUUUUUAUUAAAACACCAUUUAACAAUUUUAAAAAAGCACUGGGAAAAUAUGGUAAAUUAAAUAAAUAUAACGAUUCUGCAUCACAUAUUCGCAGUAUAGAACAAGAAAGACUGACUUUAGUAUUCUCGAAAAAUCCUGUUUAUUGCCAAAUUUUAAAUCAAAGUUCCGAAGAAUGUAAAAUCAAUAGAAAACAUUUCUCUCUUUUAUUUCGCUCAAUUUAUUUUUUGGCUAAAGAAGAAAUAGCACACACAACGAAAUAUGAACCUUUAAUUAAGCGUUUAAUUAUGAAAAGUAGUGAAUCAUUUGAAAGUUGGAUCGUCACAAAUAGUGAUAGAUCUACAUAUAUUAGCAAAGCUACAGCUAGUGAGCUUUUAUGUUGUGCAUCGGAAAUAUUAUGCAAGAAAUUAAAUAAUGAAGUUAUUGGAAAAAAAUUUUCUUUAAUGGCCGAUGAAAGCACAAAUGUUAACAAUAAAUCUGAAUUAUCUAUAUGCAUUCGUUUUGUUAAAAAUAAUCAACCAGUUGAACAAUUUAUUGGUAUUAGAGAUUUAUCUGAUACUAAAGCCCAUACAAUCGUAAACGAAAUAAGUUCUGAAUUAACAAAACACAAUCUGUCCUACCAAAAUAUUAUUGCAUGUGGUUUUGAUGGGGCUGCAAACAUGUCGGGAAAUAAAAGUGGAGUUCGUAGACUUAUUAGUGAAAAAGCUGGAAGGGAAGUUCCUUAUAUACAUUGUCGAGCACAUGCAUUAUCACUUGCACUAACUAGGUAG